AUGGUACGUGUACACGUGGGUACGACACUUCCCUUCCCCUCCCCCCCCCAUCCGAUCCGCUCCACCAUUCUCACAACCAUGUCUCCCUUCUCCCCAUCUCUCCUCUCUACAACCCGAUGCUUCUCCUGCAAAAUCGACCGCUACACCCACACCUCACCUACCCUGGGCUCCCUCCCCGCCACCUUCUCCGUCAUCCUCCCUCCCACGGCCACGGCCGCCAUCUACUGGCUCUCAGGCCUCACCUGCACCGACCAGAACUUUGUCAUAAAAGCCGCCGCCGCCUCGCACGCGCACGAACACUCGGUCGCCAUCAUCUGCCCGGACACGUCUCCGCGGGGGGCGGGCACGCCCGAAGAGGACGACACCUGGGACUUUGGUACGGGCGCCGGCUUUUAUGUAGACGCCACGACGGAGCCGUACAAGAAACAUUACCGCAUGGCUUCAUACGUCGUCCACGAGCUUCCGCUUGUCGUCAAGGAGGUGCUUGGGGACAAGGUAGGCGAGGCAAAGGCCAUCAUGGGGCACUCAAUGGGCGGUAUGGGCGCCCUCAGCCUUGCAUUGAGAAACCCGGGGUUAUAUACCAGCGUGUCGGCGUUUUCGCCGAUUGCGAAUCCUGUGAACUGUCCGUGGGGAGAAAAGUGUUACUCAAAGUAUCUGGGGGAGAAUCGCGAGGCGUGGGGGGGUUAUGACCCCAGUGUGUUGAUGAAGAAGAGAGGUGAGCCACUCGUGAGUCGUAUUUUGGUAGAGCAGGGCGGGGCUGACGAGUUUUUGGAAAAGCAGCUCAUGACGAACCGGUUUAUGGAAGCGUGUACUGAGGUUGGACAGAAGGUGACGCUGAACAUGGCGGAAGGGUAUGAUCAUUCGUACUACUUUAUUCAGACUUUUAUUGGCAAGCAUGUCGAGUUUCAUGCAGAGCAGUUGCGGAAGGCGGGGAAGACUUCUUCCGGUGGAGUGUGA